GGGAACUCAGCUACAAAGGCAUUCAGAGCAGAGGCAGUGAAUUUGCUCAGCAGUAUCCCUGCCAGAGCGGCAGUCCUUUCCCAAACAAGGCAGAGCGCGUCUUUAGGCGCUCUGGGAAUAAACAAACCCGCAAGAUCCCUUUGAUUAGAAUAAUCAAGAUAAACUCCCCCUGGACUUUUAACUUUUAGAGCAAAAACAAUCCUUGUCAGUAGAAGUGGGACAUCUGUUAAGAAUGAUGGGAUUUAAACCUUUCUUCUUCAGCAAAAUUGUGGUUACUCUCCUUGUAAGCAGCAUCUGCGCGACCAAAAUAAAUGUCCCACGGCUGAGACUCUCCUACAAAGACCUGCUGUCCACCAACAGGUCCUCCCUCUUCAGUGGCCAUGAUGGCCAACUGUCUCUCAGCGCUGUCUUUCUUGAUGAGUACCGAGAUCGGCUCUUCCUGGGGGGUAAAGAUGUCCUUUACUCUCUCCUACUGAGUCCCAUCAGCACUGAAUCCAAAGAGAUCUACUGGCCUCCAUUACCAGGAAACAGAGAAGACUGUAUUCAAACAGGGAAGGAACAGACGGAGUGUGCCAACUUUGUUCGCCUUCUGCAGCCGUACAAUCGUACUCACCUAUUGGCUUGUGGUACAGGUGCCUUCAUGCCCAUGUGUGCCUUUAUCUAUGUGGGCCACCGAGGAGAGCAUGUCUUCACCAUGAACCCCUUGAAUGUGGAGAGUGGACGAGGGAAGGUUCCACAUGACCCCAGCUUCCCAUUUGCAAGCACGUUUAGCGGUGGAGAGUUAUACACAGGGCUGACAGCGGAUUUUCUGGGAAGAGACUCUGUUAUUUUCAGAAGCAUGGGAGGUCGUACCACCAUGAGAACAGAGACUGACCAGAAACUUCUUCAUGACCCUCGGUUCAUCGCUGCCCACCUCAUCCCAGAUAAUGAUGAUAGGGAUGAUGACAAAGUGUAUUUCUUCUUUACUGAGUUGGCGUCAGAGCGGGGGGACAGGGAGGAGGCCAUCCAUACACGAGUUGGACGAGUCUGUGCGAAUGAUGUUGGAGGACAAAGAGUUCUUGUCAAUAAGUGGAGCACGUUCAUAAAAGCCAGAUUGGUCUGUUCUGUACCUGGACCUCAUGGCAUCGACACGCACUUCGACCAGCUUGAGGAUGUUUUCCUGCUGCAGACCAAAGAUGUGAGAAACCCAGACAUCUAUGCAGUUUUCAGCACUAUCAGUAAUGUCUUCCAGGGUUUUGCUGUAUGUGUUUACCAUAUGGCUGACAUCAGGGAAGCUUUCAAUGGACCCUUUGCCCAUAAAGAGGGUCCUAACUACCAAUGGGGCGCCUAUGAAGGCAGGAUGCCUUAUCCAAGACCAGGAGUUUGUCCCAGUAAAAUAACCAACCAACCUGGCAAAGAGUUCGGGAGCACAAAGGACUUCCCAGACUCAGUGCUGCAGUUUGCCCGCAGCCACCCACUGAUGUGGCGAUCCGUGCUCCCAGCUCGUCGCCAGCCUGUGCUUGUGAAGGCCAACAUUCCCUACAAGCUGAAACAAAUCGUGGUUGACAGAGUUGAGGCAGAGGAUGGGCAGUAUGAUGUCAUGUUCAUUGGUACAGAUGUUGGCACAGUCUUGAAGGUCAUUUCACUCCAUAGUGGAAACAGUCUGGAGGCAGAGGAGGUCACAUUAGAGGAGCUACAAGUCUUUAAAGUACCAACCCCAAUUACAUCAAUGGAUAUAUCUGUUAAAAGGCAAGCCUUAUAUGUGGGCUCGCCAGCAGGAAUGGUACAGGUGAAGCUGCAUCGCUGUGAGACCUAUGGGAAAGCUUGUGCUGAGUGCUGCCUUGCCAGAGAUCCUUACUGUGCAUGGGAUGGAUCGUCCUGUGCACGAUUUGUCCCAAACAGCAAACGUCGCUUCCGCAGGCAGGAUGUCAAACACGGAAACGCCGUGCUACAGUGCGUGGAUCAGAAUGUUAGCGGAGACCUGGAUGUGACUGAAGAUAAAGUCGUAUAUGGAACAGAAAAAAACAGCACCUUUCUAGAGUGUAUCCCUCGCUCGCCGCAAGCUUCCAUCACCUGGCUUGUCCAACGCAACGACCGCAAGGAAGAGGUGAAACUGGAUGAUCGUGUUAUGUCAACAGAUCAGGGUCUUUUGUUUCGUCGCCUCUUUCGUCAGGAUGAAGGUGUGUACAUCUGCCGCUCUCGGGAGCAUGGCUUUACACAAAGCUUGGCCCGCAUCACCCUUCAGGUCCUCCAGGGGGACAGCGUAGAUGAGCUUAUAGCACGGGACGGCCAAGGCAUAUCGGACAUGCUCAAAGACCGGUCUCCAGGAAGCCACAGACCCUGGAUGCCUUGCAGCACUUACAGCAGGGGUCAAAUCAGCCAGUCUCGCACAUGGUUCAAGGACAUCAUGCAGCUCAUUGGUCCAUCAAAUCUACCUCAUGUUGAGGAGUACUGUGAGAGAAUGUGGUGCAACGACAAGCUCCGGAGGAAACACAAGAGUAUGCUGGAGAAAUACCGCCAAGCACAGGAGAGUGCCAGGAAGGCACGCAGCAAGGGUUCUGGAGAACGCAACAGGACGCCACGAGAUCUGAGAGGACAGGAAGAGUAACAAAAGACAUUCUAAAUGUUAAUGGAUUGCAAUAAAGGUGGAAAAUAGAUCCAGCUUCUAAACCUGGGUUAGGAUGGCUUUGGAAGCCAACGAGAAGACUGCUACAAUCAGUAAAAUUAUGAGAAUUUGGAGGAUUUUUUUUGUCCAAUAAAAUAAAUUGAAUGUUUAAAUUUUAAGG